CAUUCUCGAUCGCCGUCCCUGAUAUUGAUACAAUCGUUGUUCUCUUGAUCGUGACGAAGACAUGCUAGCAAUCUCGUCAUAGCUGCUCCCAGUCCUGCAUCCUGCAUCCUGUCUGGACCGAUCACGAAAUAUGUCUCACCUUACGCUCAAGGAACGCCGGAGGGAGGAUUACGGGUACAUUUUGGAGUAUAGAACGAGAUGGUCCGACAACGACAUGUAUAAUCACAUGAAUAAUAGUAUCUACAACUUCCUAUACGAUUCGGUGGUCAAUACCUAUUUGAUCAAGGAGUGCGGACUCCACCCUCCAACUUCAUCUCAAUAUGGGCUCGUGGUUCACUCUCAUGCAGACUUCUUUGGCUCCAUUGCUUUCCCUGCUGUGGCAGAUCUAGCACUCCGAGUCAACAAGCUGGGAAAGAGCAGUGUCACCUAUGAGAUAGGACUCUUCGAGCAAGGAAUUCAGGAGGUGAAGUCGGUUGGGGAGAUCAUCCAUGUCUUUGUCGCCAGGGAUACUGGUCGACCUGCUGCUAAUGGCAUGAAUGAGAGCCUCAAGGAAGGCUUGGAGAAGAUUCUCGUGAUACAGAAGCAAUCCAAGUUGUAAUUGCUUCUCAAAUUCCUUGAUUUUCUGUGAUGCAUUUCCAUCACGUGAUCGAUGGGAAAGGGGAGAGGACAGGAUGAGAAGGUAGGAGAUAGGAAAGUGGCUGAUGCGUUCAGGAGGCUUUCGUAGUGUGAGCGAGUGCCCCUGUUAGUGUUACCAUAUCUCAAGAUUUCCUUGGGCUGAAUUUUUUGGGACCGAAAUGAAUCGAGUCAGAAAUCCACGGC